AUAAACUAAGAUUUCGGCUUUGUUAGUUUGUUUUCUCCGGCGAAACGUAAAAUACCACAACAAAAGUGUUAAAAACCAUUAUCGCUUGUAGCAAAUAGCUUACUUGAGACCAAUUAUGGGUAGCAAAAAGCAUAAAAAACACCAUAGAGGCGAGAAACGGCCCAGAUCACUAGAAAGAUCAUCGGAAGGUGCAGAGAGGAUUGAGAAACCUCUGAAGCUCGUAUUGAAGGUCGGUGGAGGAGACACUCCGUCAGCGUCGCCCAACGCCUACAUAUCGUCGCCAGCGCCCGAGAGCGAGGGUUCACUGGUCGAGAAUGAGGCGCACGGAAGCAGACGGCACAAGAAGAAAAAGAAGAAGCGAAGCAAGGACAAGCACAAGCACCAUCAUCACCACGAACGACACCACGAGCAUCAUUCUGACGACCCGGAGAAAAGGGCGAAAAGAAGGGAACAUGGGGAUAGAAAGGAACAUUCGGGGGAGAAACUCCAUGAACGUGUGGAACAGGCUGAACCAGUGUCGGAGCCUGUAACUACAGCGGAAGAGGAAGAUGGAGAGGAUAUGGAAGUAGAGCAUGAUCAGGACCAUGUGCCGCUAGCUGACAUGCCUGAUCGGGUGAAUAAGGAUGACGGCGAAGCGGAGGGAGAAGAUGAAGAGGAUGUAGAGGAGGAAGAUGAGGCAGUGAGGGCAGAGGAGGGAGAGGAGGAAACACAUGAAAACGAGGGUGAACCUCCUGCCAAAAGGCAAGCAGUGGACCAGGAAGAAACUACGGCAACAGAAACGCCAUCACAGUCGAAACAGGAAACAAGACCCGCUAGACCUAAGCGGCCGGGCGUGGACGCGGCGGCGCUACGCACGCUUCUCGACACGCUGUGGGGAACGCUCGAGCGCAAGGACGUGAACAGGUUCUUUGCGUGGCCCGUCACGGACGUGAUCGCCCCCGGUUACUCGAUCAUCAUCCGAAGCCCGAUGGACUUCCGUACGAUGAAGAAGAAGAUAGAAAGCGGCGAUUACGUUUCCGUCGCCGAGUUCAAGACGGACUUCAAGCUAAUGUGUGAUAACGCGAUGACGUACAACAACUCGGAAACCAUCUAUUAUAAAGCUGCAAAGACCUUACUGCAUGUUGGCAUAAAAGCCAUGAACAAGGACCGGCUCUCUCGGCUCUGCAGUUCUCUCGGCAUUCUUAACGAGUUGGUAGGCAGGGAUUUCAACGGCGAGGCGGCCGUUACGCCGGCAGCUGAGACCAACGGUGGCGCCACCGCCGCGGUUAAACCACCGAAGCCCAAGGUUCUGUUUAAGCCGAGGAUGAGAUGGCAGAGAUACAGAUUUGGAUUCUUGCGACGAGAUAAAAGUGGAGCAACGACUCUAGCGGUCCUUAAUCCUGACAACGUGAGCUCAGAGACUGGAUCUGAGCAGCAGAACUUGACGGUGAACCUGGGUUUACUAACUGGGAAGCUGGCACAGGGUACAGGUCAGUUGGCUGGGUUUAAGGAGGACAAGAGGAACAAAGCUGUACCAGUGUCCUAUCUCAACUAUGGUGACUAUGGAUCCUACGGUCCUAUAUAUGACUCAUCGUUCGCUAAUCUCAACAAGGAAGAUUCCGACCUCAUAUAUGCGACAUACGGGGAUGAGACGGGAGUGCAGUAUGCUGAAAGCUUAAUGGACUAUGUGAAAGACUCUGAUGACUUUGCGGUAAAGUUUGUAAAUAACUUGCUCGAUGCACUAACGUACAAUGAGCACUCGAAAUGUCAGAAGCAGUUGGAAGAGAGUAAACUAAAUAAGGACAAGGAAAAUGUCGCGGGGAGACCGGAAGGUCCGGGCUCGGUCCCGCAACAAGAUAGCACGGGAUCAGCCGAGCUGGUCCCACCACAACAGCCACAGCAACAGCAGAGCGUGCAGCAGGUACAGGCCCAGGCGGUGGUACCAACCCUGGCACCAAACCCACCGGUGCAGAAGACGCCGCCGCCUCCCCAUCACGCGGCACCACACACGCAGCAUCCCCCGACGUCCACGGGUCCUCUACCCGUCGCCGCCCCACAGCAGGGACAAGUGAUGCUGAUCCAGCAGAACGGACAAGUGCAGGUGGUGCACCCUGGUGGGCAGGUGCAGGUCGUACCUCAGGGACAGAUCCAGUUGUCUCAGGGUCAGGUAUUGCUUGUGCAACAGCCGGGCGGACAGGUCCAGAUGGUGCAAUCCGGUCAAGCAGGGCAAGUGCAGAUCGUCCCUUCGACCGUGCAAGGUCAGAUCAUGUCGUCUGGUCAAGGUCAGAUCAUGUCGUCGGGUCAAGGUCAGGUUGUGUCACAGCCACAGGUGGCGCACCAAGGUCAACUGCAGCUCGUGCAGGGGUCGGCUGGUCAAGGUCAGGUUCAGAUGUUGCAGCACCACAACUGUCAAGGUCAACUGCAGUUGCUGCAGCAGGCGGGAGGUCAAGGUCAAGGCCAGCCUGUUCCCAUCGUUCCGAAACCUCCCUCACACGGUUCCGGGCCAGCAACGCCGCAGGUAUGGCAAAAUCAGCAGCAGUUUGUACAGAAGCAGGUUCUUGGCCACCACGCUAGCCAGCCGAUACAGAUCAUCCGUACGUCGCAGGGGCAGGUACAGCUAGUGCAGCAGUCCGGCGCAAAAGUACAAAUACUGCAGCAGCAUCCUGGCAGUUCAGUCCAGCAGGCGGCAGCACUGGUCAGCGUUGCCGGGCAACCACAGCCGGCCGCAGCGGCGCCGCAAAACUCGAGUAGCGACAAGAGCGCUGAGCAAGACGUUAAAGUCAAUCUUAGCGAGUUAAGAUCGCUGUCAGACUUGGGAAUAGACGUCUCGUUCCUAGAAGACUUUCAGCCAAGCACUGCGACCAGCGCUCAGCAGAAGCAGGUUACGGACAGGCUGGAUGCGACGUCAGUGUUGCUGCAGGACCUGAGCAAGGCGCAGACACAGCGACUCAGCGACAAGCCGCCUUCGCACCUCCACCUCGUGAAACCGCCCUCCCAGCGCGAAGAGGAGAUCGCUGCUAAGGUCAUGGAGAAUCUCAAAGAACUAGCUGCAGCGGUGGCGCCGUGUGACAUAGUCAGCGCGCAGGCGGUGAGGCGUGCCAUGGGCGUCACGAAUGAUCCCGUUGACACGGAGGCAUUCACAGAGGACGACGACGAAGAAGAAGCUAACGUAAGUGAACAAUGGGCGGAGAAUGUUGCCACGCGGGGGGGCGGACAUUGUUAUUGUUGAAGAGGUAGAUCGGCAAAGAUCUCUCGUUCCUUGCAAGCCGAAUUGUACCGUGAAAGGGUGGGCAGAUUGCGCAAAGUUUUAGUGGGUAAAGAUUCUAAAGAAUGUUGAAUCACUUGACUGCUUAGGUUUAUACGACUACACUGUCCAUGCAGGGAAUGUGAGUAACAGCGUGCCAUGGUUCUGCAUAGGAGAACU